GCGUCGGUUGACGGUUGUUUGUUUACACUAUCGCAGCAAGCCGCACGACUACAGUUCUGUGCAAAAAUGAUGACCGUCGAUCGAAGGUGGCUUCGGUUAAACUUUGCAAAAGUGUGCCGUUUUUGUCUUUCGCUAGAGAAUUGUGUGCCCCUGUUUAUCGAAUCAACGCUCAACGAAUGCCUGCUCGACGCAGUGGAUGUACUCGUGCCAAAGGUCGAUGAAAACGAUGGACUGCCGAACCGUGUGUGCAGCGAGUGCCAUCGAAAGAUGGUCGAUUUUGUGCAGUUCGAAGCUACCGCCCUAGAAGCGUAUGGUGUGCUGGAAAGUGUGCUUACAACUCACCAUGACGACGGCGAUGAGCACUGCGACGAUGAUGAGCCAGAUGCUGAAGACGUGUGUGACGAUCCGGGAGCGCUUACGAGCGACGAACAGCUAGAGAAGUCCAUGGAGGCUAUUCCGGACCUGGAAAAUAUUUCGACCGAUAACCACCACACAGUCCACGCCAGUACCGAAAGCAACACAAAAAGCAUAAAAUCGCUCAAGAAGAAAGCUUGCCCUGUGUGCGGUAAACUGGUGUCGCAAAUCAGCAAACACGUGCAGGUCCACAGUGAAGCGAAAAACUUUAGCUGUGAGCACUGCGACAAACGUUUCGCGCACCGGAGCAGUUUGCAGAAACAUCUGAACAUACACCGCAACAUCCGGAAGUAUCGGUGCGAGUACUGUGAGCAGUGUUUCUGUGAUCGAUCCUCGCUACGCUACCAUCUUGCCAAGCAUCGUGGUGUGCAGCGGUUUCAUUGUGAACCGUGCGACCGGCCGUUUUACACCUCGACCCAGUACAAACAGCAUCAGAGUUUGGCCCACCGGGAGCGAUCGUUUCGCUGCGAACUUUGUGGCCGAAUGUUUCUGCUAAAACAUCAUCUGAUGGAGCACAGGCAACUGCAUACGGAUGAGCGUUCGUUUGAGUGUGAUGUUUGUGGGAAACGGUUUAAACGAGAACGAUACCUGUACGUGCACAAACGGCAGCACAGUAGCCAUGAACAGCGGGAUAGUACAGAGCAGCCUUUGCACAGCGAUGGGCUGGAAUGACUGAAUGCACGAUAAGCUCAUCGAAGCAAUCGAAAAUCUUGGCCUGCUUCAAUAGCUGCUUUUUUUGAAGGUGGUUCGAGUUUCGAAAGUUUGGCCUUUCAAUUCGUUCCGUGCUCAAUGUAAAUUAAGAAUAAAUUUUAAAAAAUUUAAAAUUUCUGAAAAACAA